UCCAUUUGUCCAUAGUUCGUUAAUUGAUUCUGUGUCUUUAGAAUUCUUCCUCAUCUCUAGUGUUUAUUAUAUUCUUAAGCAUCCACCACCCCGUUCCAGCCAUCUCUUUUUUGUCUCUCUCCCUCGCACAAUGGAUUUCUUUGGAUCUGAUGAGUUUUUGGUGAUGUUCGUGCCCAUCUUAGUUUAUUGGAUCUACUCGGGGAUCUAUGAGGUGUUGAGUCCUUUGGAGAAAUAUAGGUUGCACUCAAAAAGAGAUGAGGAUAUCAAGAAUUUGGUUUCAAAGCGGGAUGUACUUAAAGGGGUCCUCUUCCAACAAGCAAUUCAGGCGACCAUUUCACUCAUUGCAUGCAAGAUGAGUGGUCAAGAUGCUGAAGCCGCCACAAACUCAGACUCGUCUCUUCUUACGGUGGCAAGACAAUUUUUCGUUGCGAUGGUCGUCUUCGAUACAUGGCAAUACUUCGUGCACAGAUACAUGCACCUCAACAAGUUUCUCUACCGCAACAUCCAUUCAUGGCACCACCGCAUCGUGGCACCAUAUGCGUUCGCAGCACAAUACAAUCAUCCGAUCGAUGGAAUCGUAACGGAGACCCUCUCAGGCGCCAUGGCAUUCUUCAUCUCUGGAAUGUCCACCAGGACGUCCAUCUUCUUCUUCUCCUUUGCUACCAUCAAAGGAAUCGAUGACCACUGCGGGCUAAUGCUUCCUUGGAACCCUUUCCACAUGCUGUUUCGCAACAACACUGCGUACCAUGAUAUCCACCACCAGCUUGCAGGCAGCAAGUGCAACUUCGCACAGCCCUUCUUUGUUGUGUGGGAUAAGAUACUUGGAACUUACGAGCCUUACACCAUUGAGAGGAGGGUUGGUGGUGGCUUUGAAGCCCGAGUGGCAAAACGUUCGACUUGAUCCACAACUUUCUCAGGAGCGCAUAUAUGUAGCCAUAAAUGUUUAUUGUAACCUAGGAUGGCAAGGUGAUUGAUUAAGCAAGGCGUGUAUAUUGUGGUAGGAGAAUGAUAUAUACAUCUGCUUUUUAUAAAUCUUUUCCCUAGUUUCUUGUUCUUUCUUGAUGCUUCAGCAUCAGAAAAAUUAAGAUGUAUACAAGAGCCUGAAGAUCUUGAUGAUGAUAUGUGACUUGGAUUGACCAAUAAAAUUUUUUUAAGAUUCUAGUC